CUGGAUUUCGCCAGACUUGAUCUGCGAGACUUGAUAUACCCUUUAAUUCUUCAAGACUAACAUCUUCUUCGUCAUCCGCACACAAUGGCCACGCCAAGGCCUUCCACUUCUUACAGUUAUGCUUCAACGUCCAGGACUUCCGACCAGAAUGGAUACUCGACCUCGGCUUCUCUGCCAACUUACGGCCGUCGACCGAGUACUGCAGGCCCUAGCAUCACUCGCCCAAGCACAGCGCGCCCAAGUAGCGGUCGUCGAUCAAGAGCUGGCUCCAUCAUUGGUGGUGGCGACGCUCAACAGAUCAUCUGUGCAGUCAGUGAAGCUCGAGGCAUAUCCCCAACUGUCGGACUUGCUUUUGUGAAUAUUUCUACUGGAGAAGCGGUGCUCAGUCAAAUUUGUGACAGUCAAUUCUAUGUCAGAACUCUUAACAAGCUGCAGAUUUUUGAUCCCACAGAAAUCCUGAUCAUUUCAACCGCGGGGCCGCCAAACCCGAAAUCCAAGAUGUACCAAUUGAUUGAAGAGAAUAUUCCAGGAGCUAGAAUCAUUACGAUCGAUCGCAAGUAUUGGUCUGAGACAGCUGGACUUGAAUUUAUUGACCAAUUUGCUUUCUCUGAAGAUGUUCAGGCAAUCAAGGUUGCAAUUGGAGGAAAUUAUUUCGCAACAUGCUGCUUUGCUGCAGCUCUCAAGUAUAUUGACCUGGCGAUGUCCUUGACCUUCGCAUUUCACUCUCUCCGAAUUAAAUACCAGCCAUCCGAAGGUACAAUGAUGAUUGACCUCUCCACGAUUCAAUCUCUUGAGUUGAUCCAGAAUAUACAGAAUUCCAAGUCGAAGGAUUGUUUGUUUGGCGUGAUGAAUGAGACGUUGACACCGAUGGGGAGCCGGCUUCUUCGGAGCAACAUCCUUCAACCAUCUACUCAGAAAGAUGUUCUCAAUCAACGAUACGAUGCUGUUCAUGAUUUUACUAUUAAGGAGGAUAUGUUCUAUCAGACACGGCUUGCUCUUAAGUCUACUCACGAUGUGGAAAAGCUGCUUACCAGUCUAAUCGUCCUUCCCACUCAACCGGACAUACGAUACUCAGAACAAUCGAUCAACAACGUAAUGAUGCUGAAGAGUUUCGUACAGUCUGUCGGCCCAUUAUUCGAAGCCCUCGCAGGAGCUCAAUCAGAAAUGCUUGUCAAGAUCCGAGAGAAUUGUCGACCCGAUAUCAUUAAUCCCACAAUGAAACUCAUCAAGCAAGUCAUCAACGAGGAUGUUACCUACCAGAAGACGCCUCUGGAUCUGCGAAACCAAAGAACGUAUGCUGUGAAGUCCGGUGUCAGCGGUCUUCUUGAUGUAGCCCGUCAAACAUUCAAGGAGGCUACUGAGGAUGUCCACCAACAUGUCACUGACAUCAACCAACGAUUUGAGAUGCAGGCUGAGACGCGAUAUGAGAAUGCACGUCAUUAUUAUCUGAGACUUUACGAAAGUGAUUUCGACGGUCGAGCAAUCCCAAACAUCUUGAUCAAUCGGUACAAGAAGAAAGGUUUUAUUGAAUGUCAGACAAUGGACCUUAUGAAAUUGAAUCAACGAAUCCAGGACUCUCAUCUAGAAGUCGUCUCGAUGAGUGAUAAAACCAUCCAAGAACUGAUAGAGAAUCUCCGUGGGGAGAUCCCGAGCCUGUACCAAGUCUGCGAGAGCAUUGCGUUGCUAGACGUGCUUGCAGCGUUUGGUCAUUUGGCCACAAGCAGCGAAUAUUGCAGACCAGAGCUCACAGAUUGUAUUGGGAUCAAGUCUGGUCGUCAUCCAGUUCGAGAGAAGGUUCACCAGCAGAAGUUCGUCCCCAAUGAUAUUUAUGCAUCUCAGCAAUCGCGUCUUCAGAUCAUCACCGGCUGUAACAUGAGCGGCAAGAGCACUUACAUCCGUUCCGUUGCUCUCAUGACUGUGAUGGCCCAAGUUGGUAGCUUUGUGCCAGCCGCGUAUGCUUCUUUUUCAUUGAUCCACCAGCUCUUUGCCCGCGUCUCCAUGGACGACAGCAUCGAAGCCAACGUUUCUACUUUUGCAUCCGAGAUGAGAGAGAUGGCUUUCAUUCUGAGAAACAUCGACAAGCACAGUUUUGCAAUUAUUGACGAACUUGGCCGAGGCACGAGUAGUCGAGAUGGACUUGCCAUUGCUUUGAGCAUUGCAGAAGCUCUUGUCGAAAGCAAGGCUUUGGUUUUCUUUGCGACGCACUUCAGAGAGCUUGCCCAGAUUAUGUCCGAGCGUCCCGGCGUAGUCAAUCUCCACCUUGCGGUCGACAUGAGCGAAGAUAAUACAAUGACAAUGCUAUACAGGGUUGGAGAAGGCUUUGUGAAGGAGGAACACUAUGGACUUGCACUUGCUCGGGUCGUUGAUCUGCCACCACAAAUCCUUGAAGUCGCUGAGAAAGUCUCGAAGAUGCUCGAUGCCCAAGCAGCAGCGAAGAAGAAGUCUUCGAAAGCAUUCGCACUUGCAAGAAGGAGAAAACUUGUGCUGGGCUUGAAGGAGACCUUGAAGCAGGCUGAGAGUGGUCCCAUGGAAGGCAAGUCUCUGCUAAGUUGGUUGCGUCGUCUUCAAGAUGAGUUUGUUAGGCGUAUGGACCAGAUCGAAAAUGAUGUUGAGAGCAGCGACUCUGAUGCGGGGACGGGUGAGGAGGAUGGGGGACCCGAAGAAACUUCUUGAAGUGCACGCUCGAGUGAUGGCUGUAUCUGUAGGCAAGUUGCUCUCAAUCUCCUUCUGUCGCAUCGGAGAUCUAGCUAGAUGUCCAUAUACUACAUAAAUGGCAUAACUCUC